GUCCCAAGGCGCAGUUCGUGCCUGCAAAGGGCGCGUUCUGUGGGAAGGUUGUGCUUCAGCCUCCCGGCGGCAAAACCAGCAUCAACUUGUUUGGGUGAUGUAGCGGGCACAUGCCGCUCGUGGUGGUCAGUGGAAGGCCUAUGGAAGGCCCCGUAUGUCCCCAUAUGGCAUCAUAUGUCCCCAUAUGUCCUAUCCGUUAAGCCCUGUCGGUUAAGCACAUGGAUGUAGCGUGGCACAUGCUAAAGUAUUGAUACAUGGCCUGUCUUGUGAAGUUCAUUCUUGGUACUGAAGUUCGUAAUAUGUUGUUUGGCUUGUUUGGCCCCGCCGCAUGUUUGAAGGUACUUGUGAGGGUAGCGAGCCGGCAUGAGAACGAACAACGUCUGUACGUUGCUGCACCCCAUGACAUGGUCUUGACAUGGUUUCCUUGACGCGUAUGCGAGAGCUUUUUGCUUGCCUUGGAUAAGGACAAGGGCUGCCCUCGUCGUUCAUAGAGCCCACCCCCCGUGUGGUAUCACAAGGAUUGCUGAUUCCAGAGUUUGACUGUGUUUAUUGUCGUGUACAUUUGAUAGGUGCAUGUGCGGCGUGUGCCAGGCGCACUCUAAGUAGGACAUGGGAGUAGGGCAAUGGGGUUGUCCUCACGAUGAGGACAACUGAACGUUGCUAAGGCUAAAGCCGGACGCCGAGACAACGUAUUGUAUACGGUAGACAUUAAAAGAGAGGCGGGAGGAGUCUGGUGCGUUGGCUCGCUAGCAUUCGGAUGGGUGCAAGUGUCGUAUUGUGCGGCGGCCUGCGACGGAUGGUGCUCGGAGUCCUUAAUUUCGCCUGUUACUUGCUUACGGACAGCUACGCAACGUAAUUGCCAGGCAGGUCAGUGCAAAGGCGACACAAUGACAGGCAGCCUUGCUGUGCCGGGAUGUAGUUGUUUGCUAAUGACUGGACUCAUGACGCCUCGACUGGACGAGAGAGAUCAAAGACGAUGAUAGCAUAGCGCAUGCUGCUCAUAUGCAUGUUGGUUGCAAGUGUAUUCCUCUUGACAUGGUGUUUCGGCGCAGCCUAUCCGGGCAGUAGUUGCACGCUUAAAUGGCUGCUGAUGCUUAUGUGCUGUUAUCCUGCUUCCUUCAAUUUGGGCUUCUGGCGUUUCGUCUAGGUUAGAGAGGAAAAUGCAAGGGCGUCCGUUCUUGUCAGGCUAUUGGGGUUAGGGUGGUUAGCUCUACCUUAGGAAGCGUUAAUCUUCUAGGUGAUUGCGCAUACCGGUAAUGGUGUAGUGUUACAUAUGUACGUUUGUGGCCGACAUUUUCCGGUGGCGGAAGUUGCAGAGAUCAACUUGGGGCAUGGGCGCCGGGUACGUGGCAGUCCGCUGCACGGUAAGAGGCCGUACCAUGCUUGCUGAUAUUGGACCAGUUACUUAAUGUUACAUAUAACUAAUGCAUAGCCUUUAUAUAUUAUGCUAUGACUUUAGGGUUGCUUGUAUCCUAAGAAAGUAACGGACCGAAACGAUGUGGACAUCGCCUGGAGGCAUCUUACACGGCUUCCAGGAACUAUAACGCCUUACCUAAAAUGCUGUAACGGUAGCAUGUUAGGGCCCUACCAAGGGCGCCAGAUGAGCUCCGAGCUAAGACGGAGAAAUGUCUGCUUCUGAUCGGUCAGCUCGUCAGAGCUCAGAGCACGCCCCCGCUGCUGUGUCUAGCAGCACAGGCUUGGCACAAAGACAGCCCUCUGUACCUGGCAACCACUCCGCUUCACAAUUUUCCGGUGGUAACAGAACGUCUGAAAAAACUGCCGCUGAAAUUCUCAUUUCCGGGAGUCGCCCAAAUAGCAUCGGUGCCCAGCAGACACGGGUAACGCCCAACCCACAAAUAGACGAACAGAUUCGGUCGGAUGGUGCUGUAUAUACUGCGCAUGUAUCUCGCGCUAGCAGAGACGCCCCUCUGCGGACGAGCGUAGAGGCAAGGCCUGUAUCGCGGCCUAGUGCCACCGUUGCCCAGUCCCCCUACCUGCAGCCGCCUGGAGGACGGGGCUCGCAAGGGCAGGGCUCUCGGCCCCCUAGUCGGCCACAAUCACAGCAGUCGCCUCAAACACAUCCACUUCAGCAGCCAUCUACCACUCCCGCGGGCAGUGGUCAGACAACACCCCGCGGCUCCUCGCUUCCAAGCAGUGCCUCGCCUACAGUAAGCACGUCCACUGGGACGCGCCUGUACCAAACAUAUGGCUCAGCGGUGCAACGCUCCCUGCAGCCAAUGGCUGGUGCUACCGUAGGACCGGCCGCUAAGCCAAGUCACCAGCACCCUUUGCAAGGGAGCCACGGGCGCCCCGGUGAGCAGCCCUCUUCGCGCGCCAACACGGCUCAGCAGCAGCAACAACAAGCUGGACCGCGAGCCACAACCGCGCUGUCGGGGCCGCGGUCCACACAGCGCGGGCGGCAUGAGAGCGGCACAGGGAGUCUGGCAGCUGAGGCAGGGCCAGCGACGACACUGCACCAGCAAUCCUCCCUACGCGCCGGAGGCGCGGGUGGCAUGGCCGGAGCGGCACCGGUGUCAUACCCUCACCAACAUCACCACCUUUCCGCCCAUCAUGGCUCUCACGGUCAUGGAGGCGGGCUGGCUGGUCGAGAGGUUGAGAUGACUUCCACGAGCUUUGGCUAUGACGACAUUCCGGAGGAGGAGGACGAGUCCGCCUCUCCCACAACCAACAACGGCGUUAGUGGCCUCACGCUUGACCAGUACAUGCAGCGCAUGGUCACCACACCCGCCUCAGCCGCCGCCACAUCCGGCCUGGGCGUCAGCGCCGACAGCGAGGAGUCGGUGCCCUGCUCCCCAGGCAACGCCAGCACACGCACAGAGGAGGAGGACCCGCUCUUCACCUCGCCCGACUCCGCGGCGCCAGCUUCACCCUCGCAGAUGCAGAUGCUGUCGCAGCAGACAAUGCCUGCAGGCGUUGAGGCUGGAGGGCGGCAGCUGCUAAGCAGCGUGAGCGGCCGCGCAACAGCAGGCCUACCGGGGGCUGGCAAUGCGCCUCCCAGCUUGCUGCGGCUGAGCAGCAGCAGCGGCAGCCGCACAGGCACUGCAGCCUCCGGGAUCGCUUCGGGACCCCGGGGUGCAGGCAGCAGCAGCUCCCGGGGGUGCGGGUCGGCGGUGCAGCAGGCGGGUCGGGGUGCAGGCGGGCGGUGCACGCCCACGUUUGAGGACAUGUUUGCUGGGGGCGGUACGGCAGGGUGCGGGGGGCCGGGUGGUGGUGGCGGUGGCAUGUCGCUGAUUCCUGACAUGGACAGCAGUGAUGACGAGCAGCACAGCCCCUCCACGCUGCUAGACUCUCCACGACAUGCGCGUCGGCUGUCGUCAAGAGCCUCCGCCAUGGCGUUCUCCAACUCGCUGGACCUGCGCCCCGCCACCGCCGCCGUUGUGAGCAGCCCCUCCAUGGGGAGAGGCGACCCCAACACGCCACACGGCAUGUCUGCGGACAGCGCCAACCACCACGCAAUCAUCAAGCAGGUGGACCUGGGCGGCCUCUCCGCCUCUCUCUUCACACCCACCCCCAACAGCGGCCGGGAAGCCGGUUCCCCUGCCUCCAAUCCCGCCACCACCAUUGGCGCCAGUGGUACUGACCUCCUCAUGAUUAGCAACCCCUCCUCCCCAGACAUGCCCGCUGUCACCUCAAGCCGUGGAGACCGCCGCGCGGCUGCUGCUGGCGGCCCGUCGCCCAUCCUUCGCUCUGGAGACCCGUUGCCUAGUGGCGGCGGCGGUGGCGCAGCCGGCUUGGGGAAGCCCCACACGUCACCCAAGACGCCUAUGGGCGCCAUCCCGCCGCCGUGGGGCGUCAGCGCACGCGAGGGCGCAUUCGGGGGAGGCCCCGCUGGGGAUGGCGCGGGCGGGGCAGCGAACCUGCAGGCGCUAGCCGCCCGGCCGCUGAGCAGCCGUGGUCGGCCCGCAGCAGCGGCUGCUGCAAGUGGUGGGACGGGUGACGGCGCGGUGGGUGCGGCGUCGAGUGCCGGUGCAGCUACAGGCUCGGGGCGGCCUGCGUCGGGCUCCAAGUGGGCCAAGCCGCAGAAGCCGGACGGUAUGGAGGUGCCGCCCGAGGUGCGGCAGCUGGCGGCUGAGGCGCAGAGCCUAGCGCGGCCGCCUACACGGCAGGUGCAGAGCGCUCGGCCGCCUGGGUCGCGUGGCGAGAUGGAGCUGGACCCCUCCGUGUGGCAGGCCAACAUCGCCAUGCAGCUGCAGCGGCCGCCCAGCCGCCAGAAGCCGCCGCCCGAGGCGCUGCACCUGUGGACCCCCGAACAGCAGAUGAGCAUGCUGGCGUCAGGCGGACUGGGGCGGCCUGGCGGCGGAGGGAGGACGCUGGGAGUGCGGCCGCAAAGCGCCGCGCCCACUUCGUAUCGCACGAGGCCUUCGUCGGGACCCAGCGUAAGGGCACAUGGCCCUGUCGGCGAGGACGUGGCCUGCACUGCCAAUCGGCCGCCCUCGCGCCAGAAGCCGCCGCCUCUGUCUACUUUGCUGGAGCAUGACGACUUUCCACCGCCGCCGCCUGCGGGGGCGCGGCGUGCGCGACCCGGUGCAGACCAGCUGGAUGUCGUUGUGAGCUGCUCCGAUGACGAUGACUUGGACCUUUAGUAGGCAGGAUUGCUGGCGCCGUGCGUCUGCGCCAAAGAGACCGACUGACAGUAGUAGGGCAGCGAUGCCGAAAGCCUUCAUACCGCAGGGGUCCGUACUCAUUGUGAUACGCUGGAUGACUGCGGGCGGUAUGGUACUGUAGCAUUCGUGCAGUAGAUGUUAUUGCUUUAGGCCAUUUUUUAGUUCCCCCGUAUCCUAUGCAUGUUGGGGCCGUGCGCUGCAUCACUGCAGGGUGGACACGCAGCCUGACACGAUGGGUACAUGGACGCGCAUACUUGUGCUGUGGUCU